AUGAUGGACCAAUACAGAGACGACCAAAGCACCCUCCGGUCCUCCGGCUCCGGCUCCGGCUCCCGUUCAGGCAUCCCCGACGACGACAUGGAAGAAAAGGAAAACCUCCUUGAGUCCGGCAUCCGCACCCAUUUCCCCCCGCCCCAGAAAAGCCAGAAGAUGAGAAGAAGCAAACUCGCGAUCCUGAGUUUGCCCUGCACCACCUUCUUUCUUGCCCUAUCCAACGUUCUUUUGCUAGCGGCCUUGGUGGCAGUUACUUUACGGCCGAUAACAACGAUGACGACGACAACGAGGACAUCACCAGCAGGAGCAACAUCAGGGACCGAACAAGCAAACAAAUUCCCAGAGCAACCACCAUGGGAACCCCAAGUAGAUUUCCGCACGGAAAUCUUCCGGUUCCAGACUAUCUAUGGCGCGGAACCAAGUGAGGAGGUGGACCAGGCUUGGACUGCUAUGAUUCCUAAAGGAAAGGGAUUCAUAGUUCUUCCCAACGAAACAGCCGAAGCGUUACCUGAUCUUCCCAGGCUGGAUAAGACGAAGAAGGAGCAGCAUGCUAUGAUUACUGUUUUUCACCAACUACACUGUCUCUACAUGACCCGCGCCGGCUACUUCGCCGCCAAAUCCGGCUCCCUCGACGAGAUCAACACCCCGCACCUGAUGCACUGCUGGGACUACCUGCGGCAAGGAAUCAUGUGCAACGCCGACACCACUCUGGAAUGGAUCACGCCGCCCGAUGAAUCGGGCAGCACGGGGUGGGGGUAUCAGCAUACGUGCAGGAAUUUCCAGCAGGUGUUUGAGUGGGCUGAGAAACAUCGGUUUAGGGAGUGGAAGGUUAUUCAUUAG